AUGCUUACAGCAAUUACGCAAGCAACAUAUCCCGGUUUCUCACGAGGGUCGAUUCUUGAACAUAAGAGAAGCAAUGCUGCAACAUACCAUGGGAUUGCAGCCAGGAAGAAUCCAAUAAUAAACCUUCAACAGAACUUACAAGAACCAGCCGAGGCCAAUGCCACAGCAAGGAAGGCGAUGUUCUCUUACAGGUCUUCCUUCUGCAACACCAUAAACUGCACCGAUUUUUAUUUAGGAAAACCGAAAAAACCCACUGGACAGCUUGGUAGCCGUGAACAUAAUACUGAGACGGUGGCGGGGCGCCGGAAACUCCAGGCGGCGGGACAGGCUGGGGAAAGCCAAUCGCAGUCCUCGGCGGGUGGUUGGCGACGCCCUGGAAUGUCCCGUAUGGCGGCGGCGGCGGAGGAGGUGGCUGCUCGUGGUGGUGAUGAUGGGCCUCCCUUUUAUCCUCGCUCAUGA